UUGGCUGCCCACACUUUACGAGCGGACAUGUAGUGGGUGGGAACAAGGAAACGAUGUCGAAGUUUGAAUCGCAACAGCUGAGGAAGGCAGUUAAGAAAGUUCAGCUGUCUUGUCAGCACUUGUUGCUUUUCCUGAACGAACCAUGUCUUUCAUUUUAAUGAAAAAGAAGAGAUUCAAGUUCAAAGUGGACUUCGACUUGGAGGAGCUGUCGUCGGUACCCUUUGUCAACGGUGUUAUAUAUUGUAAAGUUCGCCUCUUAUGUGGAGGCUUCGUCCAAGAGUCAUCUCGGGAGCCUGUCCAAGCCAAUUGUGUGCACUGGAGGAAGCGAUUCUCCUUCAUGUGUAAGAUGAGUGCCAAUGCCGGGACAGGUGUACUGGACCCUUGUGUGUGUCGGGUGUCUGUGCGCAAGGAAUUGAAAGGUGGCAAAGCAUUUGCAAAGCUGGGCUUUGCUGAUUUAAACCUGUCUGAGUUUGCUGGGUCAGGUAGUACCACAAGGAGGUGCCUCCUGGAGGGAUAUGACACCAACAAGACCAGACAGGACAAUUCGAUUCUCAAGGUUGUCAUCACUACACAACUCAUGUCUGGAGACCCCUGUUUUAAAACACCGUCAUCUACAGCCAUGACUUUGUGUAUCCAACACGCUGAGGCCGAGUGUCUCCUCAAGGAGAGGAAGGGAGGAGACGUACACACAUCCCAUCCAGCAACAGGCACUCCAGCCCCAGAGGAAAGGGUUACCAGUGGCCACACCAGAACAUCCAGCUACACCAGUCAACAGUCCAAAGUCUCAGGCUACAGCUCGAAUCAUUCAAGUUCACCAGAUCUGAGCCAUCGAAGGAAUGCAUCAGGAGGUUCUGCCUCUAUCGGCAUCGACAGCAUCCCGGAGCCCAGUGAACAGCAUACAGAGAAAGUAGCAGACAAGGAGAGCAGGUCCUCUCCUCUAGUCCCUGCAAGUUGCCUUUAUACAUCUGAACAGAACUCCAAAACUACCAAGGCUUUUAGACAUCCGGUCAAGCAGAACUCAAUGGAGAAUCAGCUGACAAGGGUAAACUCCACCAGGGUUAACGCCGACGACAUCAUUGACAAAAUCCUGCAGGGCCAGGAUUUCAGCCAUAGUAUCUUGGACUCAAGUACAGAGGAGGAAGGACUCAGCUUGUUUGUCGGCCCUGGCGGCAGCACAGCUCUAGGAAGCCAGCACACGCGAGUCACAGCUGGAGCCUUCGAGCAGGUGGUGAUCAAGCGCUAGGUUGCGGAAAGCUGUCAUAGGUGUUUUGUUUCACUGACAUGUAGGAAGUGGCAUCGGAACUGACCCCGUGCCUCAUUCCAGGAAGAGGAUACAGUUUUCUAAAAGUAGUUAUUACCUACCUACAGCAUCUGUAGACCAAGAGAGCCCUCUGGUGCCCAAGAAGUACAGUUGCAAGCCACUGUCUUUUUAUUAUUUUAUUUUUACAAAGUUUUGGUAACUGAGUAGGCAGUGCCAUCAGUCAUCUUGGAAUCUAUGUAAAAACAAAAACAAGAUAAGGGGUUAAUUGUUGUUAUAAAUAGAAAAUACCCAUACUCAGUUGUGGUCCUUAUAAUUGUGUAUGUUUUAAUAUUUCUUGUGAGUGGGUGUGAUAGGGAUGUUGCUGUAUUUUUAUUAAACGUAUCUAGAUAUUUACAAGGUAUUUCACCCAAUUUUACAGAUGGUCUCUUGAUCAUUAUGACUGUGCUUUCUGAAUGUGAACAGUGUAUAUAUAUACGUGGGUACUGUGCAGUAUAUUUAUGCUAAACAGCUAAAUGCUGCUCCUGCGGCAUGCCCACCCUGGAGGAUUUAUGUCUACAUAUACUGUAUGUCCCAUACGUAGACACCGCAUCGAGUGGGUCUUCAAUGUCGCGUCCAUAUUGGAUGUGGCAAGGCUGCGCUGGCUGUAAAUGUAUUACUUACAUAAAGCGCCUUUCUACAAAGAAAUUUAAGUCAAUGCGUCUCGUUUGUUUUUUUUUAUGCAAUAUGCUUUUAAAUUCUUCAGUAAAAUUGUUCUACAGUUAAAAUACUGUGUUUCUUGUGCCUUGAUUUAUUUUUGUAAAGAUUUAUGCUUAGUUAAAGGUGUAACGUUCAAAGUACAUGAAUUUGCUGAUUAUUUUUUAAUAACUAAUGUAACGUUCAAAGUACAUGAAUUUGCUGAUUAUUUUUUAAUAACUAUGUGACAAAUAAAUCAGACAUUACUCAACAGUUUCUCAGUACUUGAGUUGUUUUUUCACCAAAUACUUUCUUACUCUUAAUUAUUUGGAUGACUACUUUUUACUUUACGUUUUUACUAGAAUCUUUGGAUACUCUAGCCACUUCUGAUAAGACACACACAAAGCUUAAAACAAAAGUUUAGUAAGCCUGAAGAGUUGUGCAGUUGGAAAUGUGUACAAUGUAUUAUAUUAAUUUAAAAUUGCUCUAUGCCUGAAAUCGGGCACAAUGCCCAGGAUCCUUAAGCGCUGUAUGUGUGUGUGUGUGUGUGUGUGUACUGAGAAACUGUUGAGUAACAUCUGAUUUGUCAAAUAAGAGCAUGAAAGUUAUCAAUCAAAAUAAUCACCAAAUUCAUGUAUUUUAAACCAUACCCCUUUAACUAAAAAUGAAUUAAAUAUUUACAAAAAUAACAAAACAAGGCACAAGAAACAUAUAUUCUUAUUGACUUACCCAGAGAUGGGGGGAGUAGCCAACAAAACAACUGUACUCUUAUUUUAAGAGUACUUUAGAACAAUUUUAGUCAAGAUAUACAUGUGUUUAUGUAUGUAUAUACUGUAUGUAUACUGUGUAUAGUUUUUCGGCACUGUUUUGUGCUUUAUAGCUGAUGUCAUGUGAA